CUCCUAAAAUACUAUACUUAUUGCUCCGCUAAAAACUCUAAGAGGCUCUUGAUAUAUCAAGUCUAAGAAACUUUUGAUCCAUCAGCAUCUAUGUUAUCGGUCUUGAAAUUAGCAUAAAAACUUUUAAAAUAUCCCGACAAAAUUUUCAACUGAAAUUUUUUUUUGAAGCUUGAAUGAUUGGAAAUAAAAAAUUAGCGAAAAAUACUUCUUCCGUGACAUCACGCUCUACUAAUACUACUCGUUACGGAGCUUUGCUGCUCGCUCUAUGCGGCCUCUGACGCCACCCUCCUCAUUUGCAGCCCCCUCGCCGCCGCCGCCGCCGCCGCGCGCCGCAGCAUUCCCGCACCACCUCCUCGUCGACUCUCCCUCCGCCUCCCUCCGCCGCCUCCUCCCCCCUCUCCACGCCCUCGCCCUCGUCCUCGGCCUCGCCCCCUCCCUCGCCCCCUCCCUCCUCCGCGCCUACUCCGACCGCGGCGACCUCAGCAGCGCCCGCAAGGUGUUCGACGCAAUUCCCCGCGCGAAGAAGAGCGUCGUCCCCUUCUCCGCCCUCAUUGGCGCCCUCUCCCGAUCCGACGAUCCCGACUCCGCCUUCUCUCUCUGCAACCAAAUGCGGCGCCUCGGCGUAGCUCCCAAUUCCGUCACCUUUCUUUCGCUGCUCUCCGGCGCCUCGUGCGCCCGCCGCGCGCAGUGCGUGCACGCUUCUGCCAUCCAUUACGGCUUCUUCGACGCCGAUCUCGUUCUCGCCAAUUCGAUGGUGAGUGUUUACGCGAAAUGCGGGAGAGUCGACACCGCCCGCAAGGUGUUUGAUUUAAUGCCUCUUAGAGAUGCCGUCUCGUGGAAUUCGAUGCUCUUGGGCUACGCUCGCAAUGGUUGUGUCGACGAAUCGAUCGACUUGUGUAGAAGAAUGAGAUUUGAAGGUAUAUAUCCUGAUCAACAAGCAUAUGGAUCUCUUGUAAUUUCGCUUACGAAUUGUGCAGAAGAGUUAUUAGAACCCAUUAAAACUGGCAGGCAAGUUCAUGCUCUCGUGGUGAGUUCUGGGUUCUGUUCGGAUGCUCGCGUUGAGACCGCUCUUAUCAGUAUGUAUCUAAGAUUCGGGAGCUUCGACGAUGCAUUUAUGCUAUUCGAUCGGGCCUCGGAUAAGGACGUUGUUUCGUGGAGUGCGAUGAUUUCGGGCCUUGUUCAAAACAGUAAAGCAGAUGAAGCAUUGAUCGUCUUCUACAGAAUGUUGAGUUCGAGGGUCGUGCCUGCGCCCACGACCAUAGCUUGCGCUCUUUCAGCUUGUGCCCAACUGGGUUUGCUGAAAGUUGGGGCUUCUAUUCAUGGUUACAUUGUUCGGCAAAGAUUCCCGAUGGAUAUUUCUGUUGAAAACUCGCUUGUGACAAUGUACGCAAAGUGCGAUCGCGUUACACAAUGUCGGUAUGUUUUUGAGGGAAUGGCGGAUAAAGAUCUUGUUUCAUGGAAUGUGGCGGUCUUGGGUUACUCUCAGAAUGGCCACUUGACCGAGUCCUUUGCCCUUUUUCAUGAGAUGAUGUUGGGGUCGCAAAAGCCCGAUAAGAUUACGUUAGUCUCGCUCCUUCAAGGGUGUACUUCAAUGGGUGCUCUUGGAUGCGGAAAAGUGGUUCACAACUUUACAAUCAAAUUGGGGUUUGGGCCGUCGAUCUCUCUCGACACCUCCUUGGUUGAUAUGUACUCGAAAUGCGGCGAUCUCGUGGCAGCAAAGAAGUGCUUCGAUUUGAUGCCAGAGCAUGAUUUGAUUUCUUGGACUGCAGUUGUCGUGGGGUAUGGCAGUCAUGGAAUGGGGGAACUCGCACUCGAAAUGUACAGAGAUUUUCUAAGCAAAGGGCUAAAACCGAAUGAGGUCAUGUUUUUAUCGGUGCUUUCUGCUUGUAGCCAUUCGGGGCUUGUUUCAGAAGGGCUAAAGAUAUUUGAAUCCAUGAAAGAGGAGUUUGGUGUCAUGCCAAAGAUCGAGCAUUAUGGCUGCAUAAUCGAUCUCCUUUGUAAGGCGGGGAAGGUUGGUGAAGCAUAUGAAAUCCUAAAAACAAUGACUCCAAGGCCAAAUGCCGACGUUCUGGGGAUAAUUCUUGAUUCUUGUAGGGCACAUAAGUUUGUUGACAUUGCAGAAGCGGUUGCGAAGGAGAUUAUUUCGCUAGAGCCCAAGUUUGCAGGGAGUUAUGUGCAAUUGGCCCACAGCUACGCGACGAUUCGGAAGUGGGAUGGUGUGGAAAAGGCUUGGACGAAGAUGAGGGAACUGGGAUUGAAGAAGGCUCCUGCAUGGAGCUUUAUUGAGUUGGAUGGUGCGAUAACCUCAUUCUUUGCAGACCAUUCUUCGCACCCUCAGCAAGAGGAGAUGAUGAAGGUGCUAAGGAUCCUAGAUGGUGAAAUGAGAGAUAUCAGCAGAAGCUUUGCUACUAAGGGCCUUGCUGGCCUGGUCGGAGCUUUAGCAGAAGUACCGUUGGAUUAGAGCAAUUCAAAGAUUUCUAUCUCAUUGGUAUCCUUCUAGACGACUUCCAGCUACAGAAAAAAUAGAAGUUUUAAAUUGUAACCUUUGUUUUAAGGUCACUGCAGCUUCCGGCUAUAGCAAAAAUUUCAUUAUUUUUUCAAUUUGUCAAAUACCUAACGGCUACUUCUCAGAGUGAAACAAUAUGUUCCAAUAGACCAGAAUUCGAGACAAAUCAUCAUAAUCAUCAUCAACAGCAGCAGCACUAGGGAGCCAUUGCCAAGUUACUGCUAAGCGGCUGAAGCAAUACUAGAAGAGAAGAGUCUGCAAUGGAGUGAGGCUAAAUUGCAGGUCGAUGGGGGAAAAUAUCUCAGAGGGCAACAUGAAAACAGAGAUACUCACAAGGGGCUUUCCUGCAUUUUGGUCAAUGAAUUUCUCAGACCAGUUGGCUAGUAAGGAGAGAUACCAUGUGAUGUCAGUAAUGGCAACUAUAGUAAAACCUCAAUGCAAUGGUGUCGACAAUUUUACAUUGCGAAAAGAGAAGCAAGUUCGGCAACUGUACGCAAAACUUUAAGUUCUACUUCAGUUCCCUAGUUCUUGGAAGAGUUUAUGCAGUGACAGAGUUUGCCACUCAACGGUGACUGGUCAAUUACAAAAGGAGUUACAGUGCUUUUGCUCUGUAGUAUGAGAUUCAGAUCACCGCGUCCUAUUUUCGCCCUGAUUGCAGACACCAAUUGACUUGUCCUUAAUAUGGGAAUCUAGCCAGAGAUUUAUGCAAGCGAGGGAAAAGCAUUCGAGAAUAAUAGAAAUGAAAGUUAUUCAAGGCAUUGGUUGGAUUGCUAAGAAAGAGAUGAAACAAGGAUGCUGCCUCAAACUAAG